GGCAACACGUGCUUCAUGAACGCUGUGGUGCAGUGCCUGAGCAACACCGAUCUGCUGGCCGAGUUCCUGGGCCUGGAGCAGUACCGUGCCCGUGGCGUGCCCGGAGAGGUCACCCAGCAACUGGCAGCCCUGGUCCGGGCGCUCUGGACACUGGACUACACCCCGCAACUCUCCGUGGAGUUCAAGAAUAUCGUUGCCAAGUAUGGCGCUCAGUUCCGGGGGAACUCGCAGCACGACGCCCUGGAGUUCCUGCUCUGGUUGCUGGACAGAAUGCAUGAGGAUCUGGGCUCCUCGUCGCCCAGCCAGAAGGCUAGGACAGCGGGCAAGCCCCAGCCCAGUCUCGACGAGAGCUGUGGUUCUGGCAGCGCCCAGCCUCCCAGCAGACAGAGCUUCGUGCAGAACCACUUCCAAGCACAGUACAGGUCCUCCUUGACCUGCCCACACUGUCUGAAGCAGAGCAACACCUUUGACCCCUUCCUGUGUGUCUCGUUACCCAUUCCCCUGCGCCAGACCAGGCCCUUGAAUGUCACCUUAGUCUUCCAGUCCAAGAGCCAGCGGUUCCUGCGGAUAGGUUUAGCGGUGCCCCUCUUCAGCACCGUGGCAACCCUCAGGGCACUGGUGGCAGAAGAAGGCAAAAUCACCCCCGAUCAGGUGAUCCUGGUGGAGCUGUCCCCCAGCGGGUUCCAGCGCUCCUUCCACGAUGAGGAGGAUCUGAACGCCAUCGCGGAGGGCGACAGCGUCUACGCCUUCCAGGCCCCGCUGCCCUUCAGCAGAGGCAGCUCAUCCCGGCUCUCAGGCUGCCCCCUCAGCCUUCCAUCUUCCCCCAACUCCUCCGAUCCUGAAGGCCAGCGACUGCCCCAUGCAGGGGCCAUGUCCUCGGAGUUCUUGCACCAUGGCGGAGGUGGGAGAGUGCUGCUUCUCCUCUGUAACACAGCAGGGACGGGGCAGCAGGCUGCCAGGUUUGGCCCCCCGCUGCUGACGAGAGAAGACAGAGCCAUCUCGUGGGAGCAGCUCCAGCAGUGUAUCCUCAGCAAGAUGCGCUACCUGAUGAGGAACGAGGCUCAGGUACAGGGCGUGGGGGACCUGUUCCGGGUGCGGGUUGCCGGGGGCUCCGUGGCAUGCAGCUACCUCUCCCCUCAGGACGGCAGGCCGCUCUACCACCCCGCAGUCGACAGAGCACUGCAGUUCAGCGGCCUGGGUGGCCCCCCCCACGUGAAGCUGGUGGUGGAAUGGGACCCGAACACCAAAGAACGUCUGUUUGGCAGCAUCCAGGAGGAGGUGGUGCAGGACACCGAGAGCGUCCGGCUGCAGCAGCAGGCCCAUCAGCAGCAGCACAGCUGCACCCUGGAUGAGUGCUUCCAGCUCUACACCAAGGAGGAGCAGCUGGCCCCCGACGAUGCCUGGAGGUGCCCCCACUGCCAGGUGCUGCAGCAGGGCGUGGUGAAGCUGAGCCUGUGGACGCUGCCCGACAUCCUCAUCAUCCACCUGAAGAGGUUCCGCCAGGUGGGCGAGCGCCGGACCAAGCUCUCCACCCUCGUCCGCUUUCCCCUCCGCGGCCUCAACAUGGCGCCCCACGUGGCCAAGAGGAGCCAGGCCGGGGCGCAGGCACUGGGCCCGUGGGCGACAUGGAAGCAGCUGCCGUACCUCCACGAGAGCUCCCAACUCGAGUCGCUCUACGACCUGUACGCCGUCUGCAACCACCAUGGCAGCAUGCAGGGUGGACACUACACCGCCUACUGCAGGAACUCCCUGGACAGCCACUGGUACAGCUACGAUGACAGCGCUGUGGAGCCGGUUCUGGAGGACGAGGUCAGCACCCGGGGCGCCUACAUCCUCUUCUACCAGCGAAGGAAUGUCAUCCCCAGCUGGUCUGCCAGCAGCUCCGUGCAAGGCUCCACCAGCUCCUCCGUGUCGGAUCACUGGCUCUCGCGGCUCAGCGGGAGCAGCAAGAGGGAGAGCCUGGUGUCCCGGAGCUCCACGGCCUGCCCCUCCCUCCCGAAGGUCCCCGACUCUCCCGUCUUCCUCGACGCCGCAACCAGCCAGGAGAAAGGAGGCUUUGAGUCGAGGCCCCUGGUGCGCAGCAUUCAGGGGCGCAGCGUCAGCAUGAAAGUGUCCCCCACCAAGGCCAGGCUGGGGGCCACCAAGCCAGUGCCCCUACGUUGGUCCUUUGCAGCCAGAGACAGGCCACAGGCUGCGUCUGGGGAGCUGGUGGAAUACCUGGAAUCUGGGCGCAGGCCCCGGUACACCAACGAGUCCAUCGUCCCGCUCAUGACAGGGGGCAGCGAGAACACCCCGGUGCUGGCGAGGCCUCCGCUGAACCCGGCCGCGGCUGGGAAGGACCAAGGGGCCGGCAGGGCUGGUAAGGCGAGUGGGAAUUCCCCAGGUACUGUGGGGGGUGCUGCAGAGAGCCACGGCAAAGCGUCCCCAGCCACCGAGAUGGCCGGGACCCUGAAGAGGAGCAGCAAACCAAAGGAGGAGGCGGGCCAGCCGCAGAGGACAUCCAAGAAGCUAGAACUGCCCGUCAACGCGGGGGCCCCCUGGAAAGCUGAGGAGCCAAAGACCAACGGGAGCAAAGUGAGCUCCAAUGGGGCAGCCCACGCAGGCACCCUGCCCCACCCACACCGCUCCCAGAGGGCCAGAGGGGCACCGGGCAGGGACGGGGACCACGACCAAAGAACCCCCGCCAAGGCCGGGGAGCACGGCAGGGACAGGGACCCCGAGGCCGAGAGGCAGCCGGAAGGGAAGUUCACCAUCUUCAGGGCUGGCUUCCUGAAGAAGGAGCCCAAGCAGCCUGGCGAGUCGGAGCGGCCCCACGCCUCGGAGCCAGCCAUGGGCUCCUCCCGGACGUCGCUCUCCAACGGCACCCUGAGCGUCAUCAGUGAGGGCAGGGCCAACGGCACACUGGGCCGGCGGGGCAAGGAGGGCCAGGCCAACGGCAGGAUCAGCCGGUCCGAGGUGGACAUCAAGCGCUCGCAGAGCUCCGCCAGCAUCCACAGCAAGGCCGACUGGGCGCUGCGCAGGUCGGCCUCCCUCUACAAGAACGGCAGCAGCGGCCACCAGCACAGCCGCAGCGUGCCACUGGAGAAGGUGGCCUGUGGCACCUUGCAGAGGGUCAAGUACCACACGGCCUCCCUGGGCAGGAAGAAACCAGUGCCUGAAUCCAGCUUCUGA